GGCGAUCACAGGGAAAAGGUAGGCCUCGAUUGACUAGGAAAACUUAUAUUUCUUUGCGCGUAGAAGAAUUAGAUAUGCGUCAUGAGGAAAACCAUCGCCUCACGGUCAUCGUGGAUGUUCCGCAAUCACGUUACAAUUUUUCCUCAAAAUAAAAAUUCUCAAUAGAAACAAAAUUCCAUCGCUGUCGCAUUUUAGCGGUCGCUCCUGAAAGGGACGAAAACCUCCUGCGCGGUGCGUUCAAUAGAACUCAUCGAACUCAGUUCAUCAACAGUAUAUCGAACAGUGAUUAUCGAAUACCUCGAGUCCAAUCAGUUAUAUUGACCACGGAAUCGUUAACAUCAUCAUUAGCUCUUCAAAUGCAUCGCCAGCAGAAGUUCGGAAGAUCCCGAGAAAGAAAUUCCAAACGGAAGUGAUUGGGACAUUAAUAUUGUCUUGAAAAAUCGAUUCAAAAAUGGAAAUCGAAGAAGCAAGGUACAAUGUCAACAAAAAUGCGGGGAAAACGAGGCAGCUGAUUGCCACUGUCAUGGCCAAUAUGUACACCUUUAUGGCCGUCGUCUUGCUAGCAACUCUGGUGAGCACUUACGAUCAACUUGGCUUGAUAUUGAGGCCCCAGAAUAACAUCAGCUUCCAAGUGGUAGCCCCUUUCUCAAUGCUCCUCGGCUUUCCCAUUGCCCGUUUUUCCUGUGAACUCUACGGCCGUAAAUUCACCCUCUGCAUAGCAGCGAUUCCUCUCACCCUCUGUUGCGUCCUGCUCUCCGUUGUGGAGAACACCCUGGUCCUCCUGACCAUCGCCUUCGCCCUCGGAGGAGUUGGAAGUGCCCUGUGUCUCUUCACGGUACCGAUUUAUGUGGCUGAGAUAUCCUGCGAUGGCAUACGAGGGGGACUUGGCACAGUUCGUGCUAUAUUCAUGACCAUUGGAUUGGCAAGUGCUUAUCUAAUUACUUAUAAACGGGCAUUUCGGGACUCUGCGUACAUUGUCAUGUUCUUUCCCUUGUUCUUGGGAUUGGGGUUCGCAUUUAUGCCCGAAACGCCGAUCUACUUGUACGGGACUUCUGGAAUAGAAGACACUACGAAGUCCUUGAUGCAACUGAGAGGCAAUAAUCAAGCCUGUGUCACUUAUGAACUAUCUCGUAUGAGGGAAAAUGGCCAAAUGAUGGUCAGUUCAAAAUCAUAUUGUUUCGGGAAAUUCUUCAAAGACCCAGGAAAACGUCGCGGUUUUAUCGCAGCUUGUGGUCUGCUCUGUGGACAAUCGGUCUGGCAAGUGAUAACCGCGCUGCAUAUUUGGAUGCACAUGCACGGGCUUAUAACAGCUGACAAAGUGAGAGUGAUUCCUGUGAUAAUUUUUUUAACGUGUCAAAUCCUCGGAUCGAUUGCAUCGUCAAUCCUAAUGCGCUGGGGAGGACGCCGACAGUUGCUGUUCGUGUCGUGCAUUGGAACGAUCAUUUAUUUUGUAGCUUAUGUUACAAUUGCAUUGCUCCCUUACAACUUGCACGCAUCAGUGUGGAUUUUGAUUCCUUUAGCAAUUCUGUCCAUAAUUGCUUACUAUGCUGGUAUUGGUACACUGCCAUCGGUCAUUGCCACCGAAGUAUUCCCACGAGCAGUCCUGUCAUUGGGCUACAUGUGGUCUGUCACCAUCUCCUGGAUUGUGCUUUUUCUUCUCGUGGGGCUUACCAGCCUCAUCGACAUCCCAGCAUAUACAGCAGCUUUAAUUAACGUUGGACUGUGUAUAUGCUACUUUGUCUUCAUUGUGGCCUUCGUUCCUGAGACCAAGGGAAGUAACAUCGAAGAGAUUGCCCGUGGAUUACGCAGCGGUUACAAACAAUAAAUCCAAAUAGACGUGAUUUAUCGAUGAGUUGGAAGUGAGAAUGAAACCAAAGCCUGUGUUCCUCUCCAGUUAUACAGAUACUUUUAAGAAAUUCAGUGCUUGUUAGCACUCAGAAGAAAUUCAGUGUUGAUUGAGUCAUGUAAUGUGAUAUCAAGGUAUACUUUUCAUUUACUGUCAUUUUUAGUAAGUAACAAUUGUAAAAAGAAGGAACCUCAUUUAUUAAAUUGGACUACAGAAUUGAUUAAUAAAUUCUCAAUUGGUGGAGACUCCCACCAAACUAAU